CUCAGAUCAUAUCAAUCUUUGUUUCCUCUUGUCACAUUCCAAGAUGCUGCGCCCGACUCGCUUACCGUACGGCGCACGCUGGCACGCCCUGCGCUCCUCGUGGCGUCGGCAAUUGCCGCUGGUCGCCAAGAUUCUGGUCGUGACCUCCGUGAUUGGCUAUUUCUUCUGGAACGUGAAGACCAUCGCCACUCUCGCGCAGUCAGGAUCACCCGCUCUGCGCUCCGAGGGCAGGGGCGUCGCUCAGGGACUACGCGACGCCUUGGCUGAUAUUCUGGCAGCGAGGGACAGUGAGGAGGCCUGGUGGCUGCGCCCACAGGCGUACCAUAAAGAGAGCGGCUGUGAUUUUUCAGCGGCAGUGGCGCUGUUCAAGCCGGAGGAGCUGGAACUCAAUUGCGCGAAUAUAGACCAGUUAGACACAGGCGAGUUCGUUGGCAAAGGCUUCUGGAGAGAAGUAUUCAAGACUAAGUGGAACGAACGUGAGGUAGCGGUGAAACGCGUCAAGGAGGAUCUACUGAGUCGGCCGGACAUCAUUCCUCGUCACGUGGAAGAGUGUGCGUCUAUUUUCUCAAUACGCAACGAGCCCAACAUUGUGGGACUUGUGGGCUGGUGCAAGACGACGGUAGUGGUUGACUACAUCCCACACCAGCUGGACACGCUAUUAUUCGAGUCUGAAGAACAAGUCUCCGUUCAUCGUGCAUUAAAGCUUGCGCGGGAUGCUGCUCGAGGUGUCGCCCAGCUGCACAAUGCACCAGGAGGUCCCUUCGCACACGCAGAUCUACAGGCUCGACAGUUCUUGAUCGAUGACAACGGCACUUUGAAGUUGAAUGACUUUAAUCGUGUUAAAUACACGGGGCCACGCUUGGUUAACGGCGUGCCUACAAGCGAGAAGUGCACGUUCGAGACUUCAGUCGCCAAGGGAAAGUGGCGCUCCCCGGAGGAAUACCAACAUAGACAGCUAGACGAGAAGCUGGAUAUCUACAGCUUAUCGCUAGUAAUGUGGGCGAUGCGUGCGCGUGUGAAGCCGUUUCGGAUGUUGGAGAGAGAAGAAGUAUACGCAAAGGUACCGACUGGUGUUCGCCCGCCACUGGAGGCUAUGAGUGACUAUCCCAAGCAAAUGCAAGACCUGAUAGUAAGAGGUUGGGAUACCGACCCGAAGAAACGACCGACCGCCGCUGAAAUGGCUGACGAGAUCGAUCGAAUCUUGAAAGUUUAUGAAAGCAACAUUAUGACAUAAUUAAAUUUGUUUAUAGAUCAGAUAUCUACUGCAAUGCUUGCUUGAUGCCGAGCGGAUUCUCA